AUGUUCCCUGGACUAGCCUCACAUCCACUCCUGUCCAUCGGUCAACUGUGCAAUGACGGCUGCACCGCCACCUUCUCAGCCACCCGCCUCAACAUUCACCAUGGCGACACUCUGCUGCUCUCUGGCACCCGCGCUCCCACCACCGGCCUCUGGUACCUUGACUUGGAGACCCUCGCUCCUCCCGCAAUGGCACAUGCCCUCAUUCCCUACACUGCUCUUGCAGACCGCAUCGCUUUUGUUCACGCCUCCCUCUUCUCCCCAGCUCUGUUCACAUGGUGCACCGCAAUCAACUCCGGUCACUUAACCACCUUCCCGGACAUUACCGCCCGUCAAGUGCGCAAGUACCCGCCGGACUCCCCAGCCAUGAUCAAAGGCCAUCUCGACCAACAACGAGCCAACCUCCGGUCCACCAAGCCCUCUCCCGUCCGUUCCCCCGCUGCCACCGUAGCACCUCAUGCCAACUCCGCUCAUGACAGCCCAACCGUUGCCCGCACCCACCAUGUCUUUGUCGCCCAUCAACGUGUCACUGGCCAGAUCUACACUGACCAACCAUGCCGUUUUCUCACUCCUUCCAGUGCAGGCCACACUGACAUGCUUGUACUCUACAAUUACGACAGUAACGCCAUUCACGUCAAACUAAUGAAGAGCAAGUCCGGUCCCGAAAUUCUUGCCGCCUACAAACCCCUCCAGACUUUCAUGACCUCUGGACACAUUGACUUUCAGCUUGCACCCCCUCAUCUCCACCGUCGCAACGCUGCCAAACGAGCCAUCCGCACCUUCAAAAACCACUUUAUUGCUGGACUCUGCAGCACUAACCCGGAUUCUCCGCUCCACCUGUGGGACCGUCUCAUUCCCCAUGCCCUCCUUACCCUCAACUUGCUCCGUACCUCGCGCAUCAAUCCCAAGUUGUCGGCGCAAGCUCAGUUCCGCGGUGCCUUUGAUUACAAUUGCACCCCUCUCGCUCCCCCUGGCACUCGCUUCCUAGUCCAUGUCAAACCCGCCAUUCGCGAAACAUGGGCACCCCACGCUGUCGAAGGCUGGUAUCUAGGACCCGCGCUACAUCAUUAUCGCUACCAUUGUGUCUGGAUCACCGAAACACGUGCUGAACGUGUUGCCGACACCCUCUCUUGGUUCCCUCACCGGAUCUCCAUGCCUACUGCCUCGUCCACCGACCGCGCCCUGGCCGCCGCCCGUGAUCUGGUCCAUGCCCUUCGGAAUCCUUCUCCUGCGUCUCCGUUUAACCCCCUCGACGCCACCCAGCACCAGGCCCUCACCGACCUCGCCAAUCUCUUUGCCUCGGUUGCUGCCCCGGUCUCUCCCGUCGACGCCCCCACUCCCGCGCCUAUGGUCCAACCGCCUGCCCCAGCACCAACCCCAGCUCAGGUCCGCUUUGCCGUUCCUCUUGUCACCGCUGAGCACGCCCCUGCCCUUCCGAGGGUGCCCACCCAAGCGCCGCCACUUCCGAGGGCAAUCCAGGCCGCCGACGUCGCAAAGCCCGCAAGCCCCGAGCAACCCCACCCCUAG